GCUUUCCGAGGGCGAGGAGGGCUGGAGGCGCCAAAGCCCGGCGGGACAGAGAGGGGAAGGGAGAGCCGGUCUUCGUUUGCGCCGACUUCUGGUCGUGUGAUGACGUGUGGCCGUGUGUCGCUUCGUGUUCUCCCUCCUCUGCGGCCAGAAGAACUGCUUAAUUGUAUCCGAUACAAGAGAGGAAGUCGCCUGCCUCGCGUCUGUCAGAGGCUGUGGUUUCUCACAGCUCAACUGCCAGCGCGGCUCGGAAGCCAAUCAGAGGCGGGGGGCAGAGACACGGCCGGGGCUCGGGGAAGGAGAGGCAGCUCGCGUGGACGGACAGGAGUCCCGUGGACUCGGGGCCCCUGCCUGCACUGCAAACCUGCGCACAGUGGCCGACAGCACAGAACUCCGAGGAGCCGAGCCGGCGCUCGAUUUUACUCUUCUCCUGAGGCUUUUAAAAAAGCGAACUGAGCCAGUGACACGCGCGAUUCUUCCCCCCACGGUUUGGUGGGAUUUUGCGAGAGGAUGGGCAGUCUUCGCGGAGGGUGGUUCUCUGCUUUCCAGCAGUGCUCGGCUGCAGAGCUGUCAAGGCAGGUCGUACCGGACACGACGUGUUGACAACCAGUGUACAGCAGGGGAGUCUUAGAGACAGAGGUCUCCUCUUUGGCUACGGAUUUCUGUCGCACAAGCGUACGGCGCGGUGCUCCCGGGCUUAACAAAGACAUUUCUUUUACUGUGGGUUUUGCUAGAUCCUGCUGCAGGUGUGCCAUUUGGCCCCAAGUCUGAAGGAGACAGACUCAUCCUCCUCCGAGUCCAUCUUUCCACCUCCCAGCACCAAGAUGGAUGUCUACAAAGAAGCAGCAGACUACCUGAAUGCAUACGGCAUAGAGGUGCAGGAGCUGGAGCCGGAUACUCUCGAGGAUGUCUUUGCGAUGGACAGCGAAGAAGGCUUCCUGCCCGUCGACACCUCCCCCUUCAGCCCUCAGCGCUCCGACAGCGUCGACUUCCCGGAUACGCCAACGGACUGGGACCCGGACAGGAUGCUGGAGAUGAGGCUGCUGGUGCUGAGGAACAUCCUGGCCAGCGAGGAGCAGUACCUGAGCGAGCUGGAGGCCCUGCUCAUGCCAAUGAAAGCUCUCAAGGCAACAGCAUUCACCUCCCAGCCAGUGCUGUCCAACCAGCAGAUCCAGACGGUCUUCUACCAGGUGCCUGAGCUGAGGAACCUGCACAGAGACUUCUACGACAGCCUGAAGAACAGACUGGAGCUGGGGGACCCUCAGGCGUCAGUGGGGGACCUCUUUCAAAAAAUGGUCAGUCAGCUGGGAGUGUACUGCGGCUUCAUCGACAAUUACGAGAGCGCGCUGGAGGUGGUGCGGAAAUGCGCCCAGGCGGACGAGCGCUUCAGGACGCUGGCAGAGAACAUGAUGUCUUCCAAAGGGUCUGAUAACUCCCGGGCAAAUCAUACCUUUGAAGCUCUACUGUACAAGCCUUUGGAUCGUGUGACCAAGACGACACUGGUGUUACACGAUCUGCUGAAGCACACCCCCUCGGACCACCCCGAUUGCCCCUUGCUCCAGGAAUCCCUCCGAAUAUCCAGCAGCUUCCUGUCGGGGGUCAACGAGGAGUCCCAGAAGAAGAGAGCUGUCACUCUCAGCAAGGGCCAGAACCGCCAGCUGGUGAAGGAUGCGUUCCUGGUGGACACAUCCGAGGGUGUCCGCAGUCUCCGCCACAUCUUCCUCUACACAGACGUGCUGCUCUGCACAAAGGUGAAGGCAAGCUGGCCAGGGAAGUCGGCCCAGUACCGGUUCGGCUGGUACCUCCCUUUGGUGGGUCUGAGGCUGCAGUGGGGCCGCGAGCAGGAGCUGCCUGCAGACGUCCAGUCGAGGAUCAGCACCACCAGGCUGAAGAUGUUCCAGCUCAGGCAAGAGAUCCAGCUCCAGGCGAAAGGAGGCCGCGCGUUGGGAGCUCGGACCAUGGACAGAUCCCGCAGGAAGCUGCAGGAGUGUGAGCUGUGGCUGCUCACCCAUUCUCCCACAACCCCACUGGAGCUGAACAGCCCCAACGGAAAGAGCCACACUCUCCUCCUGUCCUCCCUGCACGAGCUGUCCGAGUGGAGAGACGCCAUUGAAAAGCUGAAAGCCGAGAGUUUCGAGACCGUCCCCCCCGACCUCCUGACCCUCACCAACUCCUGCGUCAAGCUGAGGAUGGUCCACCACCCGCCCCUCCUCAGCCUCGCCCCAGACUCUGGAGACAGCUCCCUGUGUGGCACUCUGAGUGUGGCUGUCCAUGGGGCCUCCGGACUGCAGGAGCCCGCAAGUAUGUACAUCUGCCUGGAGGUGGACGGCUACAUGUUCUUUGAGACCAAAGCCCAGACCCGGGCGUCACUGAGCAGCGUGGCACCACAGUGGGAUGAGGAGUUCUCCAUGCAGGUUGAUGGGGCAAGACACCUGUGGGUCCUGUGUGUCCAGCAGCCAGAGAGAGGAAGCAGCAGCACAGGGGACAGGAUUGUGGGCAAGUCUCUAGUUCCGCUGGAACCUAAUGUUCUGCAGAAGAAAUGGAAGAAGAUGACGGUCACUUUAAACCAGCUGGAAGUCUGCCUGUCCCUGAAAUUCUGCGCACACAGCCUGGAGCCCCCCGGCCUGGUCCCCCCACCGCAACAGGAGGUCUUCAAAGUCCUCAUUGGGACUGUCGCAGAGCAGGAGGGGGCGCUAGUUCCUCACAUAGUGCGUUCCUGCACUGAGGAGGUGGAGAGGAGAGGCCUGGAGGAGGUCGGCAUCUACCGCAUCUCCGGGGCAGCCAGCGACCUCCAGGCUCUGAGGACCGCCUUCAACACCAAUCUGCGAGAUGCUCUCUCUCGUCUCAGGGCUGUUGAUGUGAAUGCAGUCUCCGGCAUCCUCAAGCUCUAUUUUCGGGAGUUACCAGAGCCGCUCAUCCCCUCGGAUCUAUUCCAGAGCUUCGCUCAAGCACUGGACAUGCCAGACCCAAAGGGCAGGAUAAACCACAUGCUGUCGCUGCUCGACUCCUGUCCAGACGUCAACCGCAACACGUUCCUCUUCUUGCUGCACCAUCUCAAAAGAGUGGCGGAGAAGCAGGAGAUCAACAAGAUGACCCUCCUCAAUCUGGCCACAGUCUUUGGGCCCAGCCUGCUACGGCCCCCACCCAUGGUCCUGGGUCAGGCAGGACCCCAAGUGGACAUAUCUCAGGAGGUGGUGGUGCAGGUCCAGGUGGUGUUUUUUUACCUGCAGUGUGAAAAUCUCCCAGCCGCAAAGACCACACAUCUACUGGACUCUGAGGAAAUACCAGACACGUGAUUCCUGCCAGAGUCCACUCUCUGACAAUGUUUUUUUUUCCUGUGAUACAGCAUUUAUUUGUGUUGUAACUUAUUUGAUGCUUGGUAUGUAUAUUUAAUACAGGGCUGUUAUCAUUCUUCA